AUGACUAAACUUCUGGAGUGGUUGUCUAUAUUGUCUGCGUUCUUCGCCGUGUGGUACUCCCUCGUCGGUGGCUACGUGAAACACAAGCUAAUCGAAGAGAAUAUGAAACUCAUAAUGAUAUCACCCAUUAUAUUUAUAAUAUUAUUCGGUUUGUACGCUGUUACUGUCGUUCUAUACAGAGUUCUUACCUUCAAUGACUGUAAAGAAGCAGCCGAGGAGCUCCAGAAAGAAAUAAUUAUGGCCAAAAAGGAUUUACAUGAUAAAGGACUUAGAUGGUGA